UGAUGCCAUCAUGCCUAUCCUCAGCAAUACGAAUGACUUUAGCAAUUUCUCCAUCAGCACAGAUGACAGCAGCCUUGACCGUUUUUUUACCGAGAUCCCUGAGACUGAGACCGUUAAAGGAGUGUACUUUCAGCGAGCCCAGCUACUACGUGACCCCUCUGCAAUCGCAAAUGUCGACCACAGCAAACUGGCCCUCGUGAAUGUUGGCGGGGAUCGUUACACUUUUGCCUGGAGCACGCUGGAUGACUUCCCACUCUCCCGUUUGGGCCAGCUACGUCACUGCAGCAGUCCCGAAGACAUCUCCCGGCUGUGUGACGACUACGACGAGGUGAGCCAUGAGUUCUUCUUCGAUCGCAGUGCCACUGCCUUCCGCGUCAUCCUCAACUUCCUGGCGGCGGGCAAGCUGAGACUGCUAAGGCAGGCGUGUGCGGUUUUUCUCUCAGACGAGCUUGCUUACUGGGGUAUUGAGUCCACUGGGAUGGAGCGCUGCUGCAGACGUGCUAUGAUCACCGCCGUGGAGGAGGUGGCUGAGAAGAAGCGGAAAGAGGAGGCUAGGAGGCAGAAGAGGCUGAUGAAACAACCAACACAAGAGAAGGAGGAAGGGUGCCGUGGCGUCUUCAGCCGCCUCAGGGACAUGGUGGAUAACCCGCACUCUGGCUGGCUGGGAAAGAGCUUUGCCUGUGUCUCGGUGGCUAUGAUUGCUGUGACCGUGGUCAGCUUGUGCAUCAGCACCAUGCCUGAUCUCAGAGAGGAAGAGAGCCGAGGUGAAUGUUCGCAGAGUUGUCAAGAGAUAUUCAUCGUGGAGACCGUGUGCGUGGUCUGGUUUACCCUCGAGCUCGCGCUACGCUUCCUGCAGGCCCGUAACAAGCUAGAAUUUGCACGUGGGCCACUCAACAUCAUUGAUGCCAUGGCCAUUCUGCCGUACUACAUUUCCCUGCUGGUGGAUGAGAGAGAUCUGAGGCUGAGAGAUCAUACAAAUGUUGGUGGAGGGUAUUUGGAUAAGCUGGGUCUGAUUCUGAGGCUCAUGCGUGCCCUGCGCAUCCUGUACGUCAUGCGGCUGGCGAGGCACUCGCUGGGUUUGCAGACUCUCGGUCUGACGGUGCAGAGGAGCAUGCAUGAUUUCGGUCUUCUUCUACUUUUUGUGUGCGUGGCUGUCACAUUGUUCUCGCCUAUCAUACACUUGGCUGAGAGCGAGCGCCACGGCUUCAGCAGCGUCCCUGCCUGCUAUUGGUGGGCCAUCAUCUCUAUGACCACGGUGGGUUACGGUGACAUGGUCCCACGUACCAUCCCUGGCCAGGUGGUGGCCUUCAGCGGCAUCCUGAGCGGCAUCCUCAUCAUGGCCUUCCCAGCUACAUCGAUUUUCCACGUGUUCUCACGCUCCUACCGUGAGCUGAGACAGGAAAAUGAAAUGAUACGCAAAGAUGAAAGAGUGGCCUUAUUGGCCACGGAGGACGUCUGGAUAGAAUCAGAGAGGAACUCGUACUGUUGGAUGCGUGAAUAUCCCAACAAACUCCAUGAGGGUGAGAAUGUGGAUAGGUCUAAAAAACCUGUUUUAUUACCCACAGCGUGCUCGGACUUGCUCGGACCAUAA